CUGUAGAGUGGUACGGUCCAUCCGCUCCCUGCGCGAGUAAUGCGGAAGUGACUGUCUGGAGGCGUGGUUGUGUGAGGGGUGUUGGUCGGAGGCUGAGAACGUCUGUGUAGUGAGUGCAGCGCCGGUCGUGUCCGUUCAUCUCUGCUCAGUGUGCGACUAACCCCACCGCCAAGAUGUCAAGCAAAAGAGCAAAGACAAAAACCACCAAGAAGCGCCCCCAGCGCGCAACAUCCAAUGUAUUUGCUAUGUUUGACCAGUCCCAAAUCCAGGAGUUUAAGGAAGCCUUCAAUAUGAUCGAUCAGAAUCGGGAUGGUUUUAUUGAUAAGGAGGAUUUGCACGAUAUGCUCGCUUCCCUUGGUAAGAACCCUACAGAAGAAUAUUUGGAAGCCAUGAUGAAUGAAGCACCCGGACCCAUUAACUUCACCAUGUUUCUUACCAUGUUUGGAGAGAAGCUGAAUGGUACAGAUCCAGAGGAUGUGAUCAGAAACGCGUUUGCGUGCUUUGAUGAAGAUGGUAUUGGUCAUAUACCAGAAGAAUAUCUAAGAGAGCUGCUGACCACAAUGGGAGACAGAUUCACAGACGAGGAGGUGGACGAGCUGUUCAGAGAAGCACCGAUUGACAAGAAGGGCAAUUUCAAUUACAUUGAGUUUACACGCAUCCUGAAACACGGCGCUAAGGACAAGGAUGAUUAAGUCUUUGCCUUGGUCUCCACUGUAGCUUUCUGCUCUGAGUUCCUUCUCCUGGUAGAUCUGUGCAUGCAUAUAGCUCUGUAAACCUUCUUUGUGUAUUUAUGGAUUUUUUUUCCAAGCCAGUAUGGCGUACGCACAUCUAUAAGCAAACUGGAAACCGAAGAUGUAAUUGUAACAUUUUACUAGGAAGUAUAAAGAAUUGCUGCACAGCAGACCAAAUGAUUCUGUUUUUUGACUCAAGCUGGAUUUUUUGCAAUUUUUGUAAAAAAACAAAAAAAAAUAAUUUAAAAUAAAAUGAAAAUAAAGAACUGUCUAUAAAAAUUGUAUCUUGGUGUGGUCUGGCAGAGUGGAAACAAAUGAUGCUCCAAGUGGCUGGUUGAAGUGAAAAUGUCACUGUACCUCUUCACUUCCAAUAUGCUAAAUCUCUCCGACUUGUUUCACCUGCUAAAGGUCACACAAUCUAUCUGGCAGCUGCCGCCACUGCACAUUGUUCUUUCAUCUUCUGGAUAUUAUAUUUCUCAGACUCUCACACUUUUAAGUAUUGAGGAAGAUGCACAAGGGUGCCUCAUCGGGGUUUAGCAAGGAGAGUACACCAUCAGCAUGUUUAAAGGUCAAACAGAUACACUUUUAUUUUCAGAUCAGUUGCAAUAUUUCAACCUUUUUAUAAAAUAAAAGUGUUUUUAUCA